ACUUCCCGAACCUUUUCCGUCUGAUGCCACUCCCAGACCCAAGCCAGUGCUGGUCUAAAAGAAUUCAUUGCCGUAUCUUGCUCGGUCCGCCAUCGUCUUUACAUUCUCCGUCUUGAUCUCUCUCACUCAGCCUUUUUCUCUUAUUGUCAUGCUCGCUGUUGUCUUCCAUCUUUCUCCUGGACUUAUUCAGCUUAGCGUGGGUGGCCGGCGGAUUCACCCGAGUCCACGAUCUGCUUCUGAUUCCAGCCCCGUCACCCAAGAUGACAUUUCGCAUGCCGAGCUUCCCUUCCCUCGCCGCAGCGCACCUACGAGGGUCCGGUCUUCUCUGGCCGUCUCUGAGUCGAGCUUCGUGGUCAAGAAUGGCUCUCCGACUCUCGCUCCUUCAAGUAUUUGCUGCCGCCAUCCUGGCAUCUUUCUCUUUGCUGCUCGCCCACGGCGAGUCAGCGGCGACAGUGAGAUCCUGUACGACUCACGAUCAUCACAACACAUUGGCAGAACUGUUCCCCAACAGUGCCACCGGGGUUCUGAAUGCGACGCUAGCCAUCAUCCCGAUCUCGUUGGAGACGGCCCGUCGCCUAAUUCCGCCGCAGUACGGCAUUCUCGAACGGGCCUACCGGGCUCUGGUGCCCAGCUUCCCCGAGGGGAUGUACCCGCUGAUGGUACAGGCCGCCCAUGACCACGACGUCCAGCUCCGUGCUUACGGCAUUACCAUUGACGACUUUUCGCGUGUCGGGUUCGAGUUUCCCUUGCUGGAUCUCGCAGGCGAUGGCUACUCCUCCUUUCGCUGGGCCCCUGCUCAGCUCAUCAGUGCGACCAAUCCUAUUGCCCUGGAGGGGUCCAGAGCGUACGGAACACUUGUCACUCCGGCCAAGUACGAGCCGCUCUGCGAUGCCUACCACCGCCUGGCCAACGGCCACACGUAUUUCAGAGGCGUCGGGUUGGACUCCUCUGAUCUUUUCGAGCUCGAGAUGGCACGCCUGUCUCACGCAGCGCUCAACCCUUACCCCCUGGAACUUUUCAAGAACAUCACCAACCAACCCACAUUCGCAAAUGCUACGUCGUGCGACAACAUGAUCCGACUCUUCAACACUUCCAUGACGGUUGGCGCUAACGCUCCCGUUCACGUCCAUGGGAGGGUCCGAGCCCGUGCCUUUCCCUUCCAAGAGGCGGAAAAAGAGUGGACGGAUAUCUAUGGCGUGCAGGUCGCGACGCCAUUUAUCGAGAACAACUACCUCGAGUGCCGGUCCAUGAGAGGAUACUCGGGUACCGGCGGGCCCGGGGACUCCUACGUACAUGAAGCUAAUGUUAAUGAUGAACUGUAAAAUAAGAAAAAGGGAAAGUACAUAAUGUCCAACGCAGUGGAGAGCUCGAAUAAGCAUCUGAGAGGCGUUAAGAGUAGUGGCAACGAAGAACAGAAAGAGUGCAUUGUUAAACUAUCUAUAAAGGAGAAAAAGAAUGGUAUAAAUAGACAAAGGAUAUGAUCUGUACGCUGAUGAGCGUGCAAAGCGGUGUAUAUAGCUCGUGGCUGGUUCCCUAGAAGCUUGGCUGCUUCUGAUAUACUAUAAUAAUCAGGAG